GAUCGGAUGACCGAGCAAGAGAGUGAAAAGGUCGAAAUCCAGGGCUCAAUUUAAUUAUUUUUUCCCCAAAAGUGUGGGUGCAGUGCGACGCGUGAUAAAGUAUAGUAGAGUAAACUAGAAGAUUCAAAAUCGUGCGAGCGCAGUGCGAUCGAUCGAGAGGGUGAUAGAGGUCGAAUGGCACGCGAUUAGUGAAGGAAGGAGAGAAGUGAAGAGGCUCCUCCUCAUUGAUUACUAUGCACGCAUCCAAUUCCAUGUCCGCUUCAAGACGUCCACUGCCGCUUACUGACCUCUAAGCGUCCCCUUCCGCCUUUUGUUGUGGUCUCUCGCUUGCCAUAUAUUGGAAACCGGAUACCUUUGGUUCUUUCCCCCUCUUGCGUUCUCAUUGGAGCAAGGGGGAGCACCGCGGAGGUCAAAGCUGAAGGGGCUUGAAUUUUUACUCUCCCCUGUUCCAGUUGUGGAGAGUGGAGCGUGAUAGAUUUUUUGUGUGAUGAGGAUGCAGCGGAUCACAGCAUAAAUUUUCCUUAAGGAGUUUUCCCGCAAUCAUUUUGCAAUCAUCACGGAGUUUCCUUUUAACCAGGGGCUAUAAACAGCGGUGACGUGGACAUUUCAGGUGCAGUUAAUGGAACAACAGGAUUGAUGACGACAGGGAACUCUAGCAUGUUGAACAUUAUUUCUUCCUUAAUGUCGACAAGUAAUUCUCCUGGAACUGUCCUUGAUCAGAUGCAGGGUCUUCAGCUUCGUUCAACAUUUUCUGUGAGUUGGUCCUAUGAGGAGCUGGAAGUGUUGAAGCAAGGCCUCGUUAGAUAUGCUAAUGAACCUAAUAUGUUGAAGUAUGUCAAGGUAGCAGCUAUGCUCCCUGACAAGACUGUGAGGGAUGUUGCAAUGAGGUGUCGAUGGAUGACUAAGAAGGAGACCGGUAAACGACGUAAAUCUGAGGAUUUUUUGAUUGGGAAGAAGAUGAAAGACAGGAAGGACAAGUUGAUAGGUUCGUCCUCAGUGGCUUUUCUUCACCAAAGCCGGUCAAAGGAUGAGAGUGCCUAUUCUUCCAUGAGGCAGAAUGGGAACAACAGUAGCUCAUUUCUUUGUGGAGCCACCAGUUUGAUUGAUAGCAGAACUCGGAAGCUUCUGGAUGAUAAUAUAAAAAUUCUUCAACAGAUUGCUGCUAAUCUUAAUUAUAAUGAGAUACAUAAUAACAAUGAUCUUUUUUGUCGCUCUAAACAGAACUUAGCUGCUAUCUUGAAUAGAAUGAAUGGAAUGGCUGGUAUUAUGAGUCAGAUGCCUCCGCUACCUGUGAAUAUCGAUGACAAUCUUAUGUCGUUAUUACCUUGUAUUACUCAUACUGUGGGUCACAAUAUUUUGGAUGAAGGACAGUGUCACAAUUUGGCUCACUUUUCAGUCCAUGCUAACAAGAAGGAUUGGAGGACACCCUCACGUAAGUGGUAUAUUUGGUUUCAUUUACCCUUGCCACAUGACAAAGAUGCCACUCCUACUAACCAAUUAUUGCAACUGGUGCAUGAAAUGGAACUUGCUAUUUACAUGACCUUUAACUAAUUGGGGUUUCUUUUAUUUGGAUGAUUUGCCCUCUACAAUAAAUGGCUUGGGCAGUUAGGUAAAACAAGUUUGGUCGGUAAUUGAGAUUGACUUAUUUUUGCAAUGUCCAUGCUGAGAGUUAUGUGACAGAUUCUCCCUUUCAUAUAGAGAUGGAGAGAGUUUAAUUGCUGCCAAGAUAAUUUUGGAAUGAUUGCAAUAGAAUCAAGAUUCUACAACUGACUUUGAAACUGGAUUUGGUAUUUGUAGCUACACAAAAUAUCAACAAGACUGGUAAUAAUAAAGUUAUAUACAACUACUCAUCAUUCUUUUUCUUUCUUGUCUGUUGUCUGUAACUGUUUGCUACUUCAGAAUCUCAAAAAUUGGAACUUUACAACCUACCAAGUUUCAUGAAUCUUUGUGGUUUGUCUUGGUCAGCCAUCUAGAGUUGCUUUAGGCUACUAACACUAGGACUGUAGAUUUGUUUUGUCCCUAUUUUCCAUCUCGACUGCACUCGGUGCUUAUUUC